CCAUACACCAAAGAUGAAGACCACUGGAGCGGCCUUCCAACUCGCCGCAGCGUUUCUGCUGAGCGUGAUUUCGCCGGUAUCUGUCUCAGCUCAAGGUCGAGUGGUGCAGGUGCGGUCCGUGGUGAAUGGUACGGCCAGGUUGCCGUGUGACCUGACGCCGCCUUCACACAAUGACUCCGUGAUACUCGUAAUCUGGUUUAAGAAUGAGAAGACCGCCAUCUACAGCUUCGACGCGCGGCAGCGGCUGUCGGCGCCGGUGGAGUCGCACUGGAAGCACCCUCAGCUGGUGGCGGACCGCGGCCUCUUCAGCACGAUGGAGUCUCCAGCAGAACUGACCCUCAGCCGCCUUCAGGAGAGCGACGAGGCCGUCUACCGCUGCCGCGUCGACUUCCGCCUCUCUGCCUCCAGGAACUCCAGGGUUCGCCUCACAGUUGUUGGUGAGUUCCAACACCCGCCCAAUGGACUCUCUUGUGCCGGGCUGCUGAUACCAAGUUUACUCACAAUUAUUUUACGUUAG